CCAUCCUGCUGGCCAUGGCGUUUGAUCGGUACGUAGCCAUCUGCGACCCCCUGAGAUACACGACUAUCCUCACCAAUGCGAAGAUUGGGAAAAUCGCCACGGCCAUAGUGAUGAGAAGCUUUUGUAUAAUUGUCCCCGUUUUCUUUCUGCUCCAACAACUGCCCUUCUGUGGAAGCAACGUCCUACCGCAGUCAUACUGCGAGCACAUAGGGGUGGCCAGUCUGGCCUGUGCAGAUCUAACCGUUAAUAUCUGGUAUGGCUUUGCACUGCUGAUUGUAACCAUUAUACUAGACAUUGUAUUUAUUGGGGUGUCUUACGUGCUGAUCCUCAGGGCUGUCUUCAGGCUCCCCACAAAAGAUGCCCGGCUCAAGGCUUUUAGCACCUGUGGCUCCCACGUCUGUAUCAUCAUCUUGACUUAUGCCCCAGUAGUUUUCACUCUCCUAACCCACCGCUUUGGCCAUCACGUCCCCCGUCACAUUCACAUCCUGCUGGCCGAUCUCUAUGUGCUCAUCCUCCCCAUGCUAAACCCCAUUGUUUACGGGAUGAAAACCAAGCAGAUUCGGAAACAAGUGGGCUGCAUGUUCUCGCAGAAGUGGAAAUGGUGCUGA